AUGCACAAAUUCUUCGCCGCCAUUCUCUUCGCCGUCUCGGCCUUAGCUUCUCCAGCCCCGGACACCUCAAGCGCCAUCGGUACAAGUGACAGCCCGGCAAAUCUUGACCUCGGAUCAAUUUCAUCCUACGCUGCCGGGCUCGAAGUGGCGAUUCCCAGCUCCAUUUUGACGGUCAUGGAGACUGCUAUUCCUGCCUCGUGGCAGGAUGAGGUUAUCACAGAUCCUGCAUUCCGCUCCUCGGUUGCAAGUGCGGCAGCGGCAGGAACUUAUCCAGCGUGGUACAAUGAGCUCCCCAGCAGCGUCAAGGCCUGGGCUAGCUCGAACUUUGAUGCUCAAGUUCUCGGCGUCCCAUCUACCACAAAGAAUGUUGCUUCUGAGACUGGUUCUACCGGCACGCAGUCUGUUUCAAAUGCUGUCCAGACGACUUCAUCUGGUUCCUCCGCUGCCGCUACCUCUGUUGCCAGCUCUAGGUCGGGUUCGGGUUCAAGCUCGGUAUCCGCUUCUGCUUCGCCUGCAAAGUCGACUGGCGGUGCGUCUUUACCUACUAGUGGUGCUAUAAUGGGUGUUGCUGGGGUGGCUGGUGUACUUUCUCUCGCCGUUAUGCUUUAG